AAUAAAAUCUUAUACUACCACACUGCAGCUCCGCAUAGAGCAGAGAACACGCUGGUAUUUAAGCGGCAAACUGAAGGGGCACUAGGGAAUCGGACGUGUCGACAAAUAUCUAAUAUAAACGUUUCCUGCACUUACAACUGGAAACUGGAAUCGGUAAAGAUUAACUCAUUACGGAAAUGCAUUAAAUCUAAAUAUUUCCUAAAGAAGUGUUUAACCUAAGCGUAGUUCGCACGAUUAAUUCUGUUUGAAGGGAAGAAAUGGUGUUGAAGAUUUUCACGCUGCGUUAUAACAUAAAAAGGCAAAGCAACACGCUUCACAUAAAAGAAUGUAAUUAAUAUGUUGAGGCGAAAGUGAAAAGUGUGCAAUAAAAUGAACUAAAGAAGUGUAACAAUAAACGAAACUUUGGCAUCGGCCAAAUUGGUCUAAAAGAUGUUUCGAACAGGAACUUGCAUUUAUUUGAUUUGUAAAAGCAAAUAAAUUAACAAGUUUUUUAUAGCAAAUCUUCAAUCAAUGGAACCGAUUCUAAAUUAAAUUUUAAAUUUUUAUGGAACCAAAAAUAAAUCGUUUAAUUUUCCUGGAUUACAUCUAGCCUUAAAACUUUAAUUUAAUCAGUUAUCAAUAACAGAGAAGAAAAAAUUUUAUUGCGAUAUAUUUUAAAUUUAAAUAAUUGAAUCAUUGCCAAAAACUUGACAUUGCUUUUUUGAAUCAGAAAUUUAUAUAAGAUUGAAAGCAAUAAAAAACCCGUAUGAACAUACCAAUUAAAUCAUCAACUGUGCUCACCGAUGAAUCGAAAGGUUUAGUUAGUUUUAAAAUAAAAUUUGUUAUAUGUUUCAGCCAAAAAUUUUGAUAAUAUGGUAGAAAACGUGCUCAGUGAGAGUAAUAGGGUAAACAGUAAUAUAUGGCAAACGGUUCAUCACAGGAGAACUUCUAAAAAAGAAUUAUCAUACGCCAAUGCAUCAAAGAAAAAUUUGACACAUCCACCAAAAGAGAAUAAAACGAUCCGUUCAACGGUUAUAAAUGUGGAUAUAAUAUCUAAUAAAGUGGCAACACUACAGUUGCCGUCGUCUAAAAGACUAUUAAAUGAUUACAAUACAAAUGCAAUUGGUCCGCUACACAAAGAGCAUAAUUUAUUCAAUAAAAAGAAAAAAUAUAAGAAGAAUACAAUAUCAAGUAUCUCAAUAGCAAACAAAAUCUACAACGUAGAUGGUAAGAGCGGCAGUAGUAAUAAGUCGCAUAUAGCAAAUGGCAGUGCCUCACUGCCGCGGCCUAAACGCUUGAAUCAAAUAAGACAAAUUAAACGUGCCCAUCGCCAUUUAUUGACUAGUGGUGGAAAUGACAAACAGCAGCCAACUUUACAAAGUCAACGAGCUGUUAAUAAAAUAAAUUAUCACGCGAACAGCUGUUCCUCAAAGAAAACAUUACAGAAAAAUGCCCAUAGCAGUGGUCGGGGCAGAGAGAGUGGUGCAUUAUCAACCAGUAGAGUUAACAAAAAUAAAAAUAAUAAAGGAGGAAACUAUAAAACGAAUCGUUUCCGCGAAAAUAUUCAAUCAUCUUCACAAUAUCGUACAUACAAUCGUCAGACAAUAAAAAAGAAAAGGGUGAAAUCAAUAAACCAAGCUUCCAGUGAAUCUGUCACAUCAUCCCGUUGGUGUUCCAUUGAGAAGCAAUUGGAUAUAUUAGAAAAGCUUUUGCAUUAUUGUGAUGAGGAAGAGAAUAUUGUAUUACAAGAUUGGCACAAACAAUUAAAUGCAAACUGUUGGUCCUACGCAACGUCGUGUCUGCAGAGCGAAAACGAAGAAGCAAAUCCAGCGAGUUUAAAUGCCCGGAGUCGGAGUGACGUUAUGUCAAAUCAAAGUAUAUCUUCCAGUGAAGAAUGCCGCAAUGAAUAUAUUUGCACUACGCAAUUAAAUAUGUCCCUAGUGCCCUCCACUUUAAAGCGCCGGGGUCAUCAACAUCACCCGCGGUUUUCUGGCACGCGACGUUCAAAUGUGACUCCUAACGUACAAGAAAUCUUGGCUGCUCUGAAUAAACGUGAAAUAAACCCUUCUCACGUUCAGUCCGAAGUUGGUGAAACCGAGGCUACAUUAUCGACAUUGGACGACCCUUACUCUGCACCGUCCAUCGACGAGCCCGAUGGUGAUCCCGCAGCUGCUCAACGAAUUAAAUCUGCUUUAAACUUGCCACUUACUGAUUCGGUAACGACAUCGCUUGGUAGCAAUAGCCCUACACCUGAUGAUAGUAGUAUGGUGGACGAAGGGGUGAUCUCUGCUCAAAUGCCUCAAUCUCCAAGUAUGCUGGGUAUGUCUACUCAAAUGCCAAAAGAGAAGAAACUCAAAAUAAAACGUGAUAAAAAUGCCUCGGAACAGACUAAGGACAAGAAAUGUAAAAAAUUGUCCAAUUCUUCAAAAAGAGAUAAACAGAAACGCUCUUCUGGCUGUCUAGAAACCGCCGCAGAGAUCUCGAACGAUACAGGAUCUGCAGCCACGGACGAAGGAAUAGCUAUCGAUGAUGAUGAUAUGCAAACAGCUGAAUGGGCUAAGCUACGAUGCACUAGUGAAGCGGCAGAAAUAGUGGCUGAACGUGAAGCUCGUCGAAGUAAAAAUCGUUGCUCCGACUACCCUGGCCUGGCGUUUGGCCGUUCCAUCUUUAGUUCGGAUACUAUGAUGAAAUUCAAUAUUAUACGCAAUGAAUUACACAACAUCAUGAAUACACAACUGAAACGGGCCGAAUCUGAAGUUGCAGCUUUGAAUCGCCGCAUUCAAUUGCUCGAAGAAGACUUAGAACGUUCGGAGGAACGUUUGGGCUCAGCCACAGCUAAACUCUCCGAAGCUUCCCAAGCAGCGGAUGAAAGUGAACGCGCCCGUAAGAUCCUUGAGAAUCGCGCCCUUGCCGAUGAAGAACGCAUGGACGCUCUUGAGAAUCAAUUGAAGGAAGCACGUUUCCUUGCCGAGGAGGCUGACAAGAAAUAUGAUGAGGUUGCCCGUAAAUUGGCCAUGGUGGAAGCGGAUCUGGAACGUGCUGAAGAGCGUGCUGAACAAGGAGAAAACAAAAUUGUUGAACUUGAAGAAGAAUUGCGCGUUGUCGGUAACAAUUUGAAAUCCCUCGAAGUUUCCGAAGAAAAGGCUACACAAAAAGAGGAAACGUUUGAGCAACAGAUCAGAGUUUUAGACCAUCAAUUGAAAGAGGCCGAAGCUCGCGCCGAAUUCGCCGAACGUUCCGUUCAAAAGCUGCAAAAAGAAGUUGAUAGGCUUGAAGACGAGUUAAUUUUGGAAAGAGAACGUUUCGCAACUAUUGGCGAUAGUUUGGAUUUGACAUUUGUUGAAUUGAUGGGUAUGCCGCCUGUGUACAAUGAUCGUCAUCCGAAACCACCAACACCUCAAUUGCCUACACCAGUGCAUGAGGAGGAGAAAGUGGUGGCAACUGUAUUCGCUGAACGAGCUACUGAGGAGCAAGAAGUAACAGAUAUCAUUGUUCAACAGGUGGUCAUGGUUAGCAAUAAUUUACAAGUCGACUUCAUUGAGAAAGUUCCGACGGAAUCAGCUAUAUUACCAACACCGCCACCGCCGCCUCCGUUUGAAUACGCUCUUGACUUACCACCUGAAGGCGCUGAAGUGCCUUACGUUAAAAAUUUCGAAAAGCCAACUAUACCGGAUGGACACUUUGAAAAAGCAAAUGAUGGUGAUGAAUGAAGCUACGAGAUGCUUUGUGCAGAUUACAGAACAAGGCACAGAAGUUGUUGCGGAUAAUAACACUCGCUCCAAGACUAUAUCGCAGCAAAACUCUUAAGUUUUAAACAUUUAAGUUGGAAUAUGGAAAUUCGUGUUAACAUCUGCGAAUUUCAUAUCGUAAUUUCAUUGUCACAAACUUCAUUUUGCUAUAAAUCUAUGCAGCGUCUAACAAUAUCUGAUAUCGCUGUAUCGCUUGUUUUAAUAAAGUUUAUGUUUCAUUUUGUUUUUCGUAUAUUUCUUUUUUUACUAACAAUUAACUUUCCCUUUAAAAUUUUAAUUUAUUGAAGUAAUAACGAAAAUACUGUGAAUACGCGAAAAGAAACAUAUUUUGUUCUGAUAUGUUCAGAAACUGCCUCCAUUUGAUCUAUGAACAGAUGGAAAGGUAAUAGAGUCAUAACAUUCGGAGAGGUUACCAAACAUAUACUUAAAUUAACUAAAAUUAUUUUCAAAAAAUAUUAACAAAUUGCAACAACGGAGCAAUCCUCACGAGAGAUCUUUCAUAUUUAGGGCUUCUGUAUGCAUUUUAACCGGCUAGGGAUCUACUUGGGGAAUUUGAACAUAUUUGUUUUUAUGUAUUUGGCGAUUCAUAAAUGAAAAACUUCAGUUUUUGAUCAAAAGUUCUGUUCAGAA